GAUGGUCACAGCCUUUGCCAACCUUACGAUGCCUAAAUAUGGUUGCAUGUAUACAAUGCUGUUCCUGUUUAAACAUUUAUCUUGUAUCAGCAGAUAUAAAUUAUUAAAACGCUUAGUGGAAUUUUCAGACAAGAGAGAGCGCCUAGCCAAAUCAACACCCGCUCCUGUGAAUUUGAAUCGUAUCAUCCCAAACAUCUGAUUCGAUAAAGGUUGCAUGAGUGAUGGCAAACUCCGACAGCAUCCGGUAUUCAACAGAAUGUCCAAUUCAUAUGGGGCGGCUUGAGAGGCCAAAGCUACUUCCCUGUCUACAUAAAUUUUGCGAAGAUUGCUUAAAAGAGUGGCAAGAUACUUCUGAUGGUAUACUUUCUUGUCCACUUUGCAAAAGCGAUUAUGGUCAAAUAGAUGUAAGCCAACUUCCGAAUUACCAUAGGCCUACAAGAGUAGUUAACGCAGCUGCAGAAAACUCAACAAUUGAAAACGUACAUUACGAAACCUCAGUAGUAGUCGUUGUAAUUAAACUUAGAGAUUGUAACGGAGAAGACACAAUGCAUGGGAGAAAUGAAGUAACAUUAAUGAUAAUCGAGCCUGGUGGCGACUUGGUUGAGUACCAGAGGAAAGAUGGUACAUCCUGUGAGUAUGUGUUCCAUCCGAAAUCCAAUGGCAAUUACAUCAUUCAUGCUUAUGUACAGCAAUCAGAAUUGGGAAACUCUCCCAAGGAGUUGACACUUUUACCUCCUAAAGAUCAACCCGGUUUCAAAUUUGGGCAAGUAAAGUAUUACGGUGCACAUGACGCUGCGGUACAUGACAAUGAAAUCUUCAUCACAGAUAAAUAUAACCAUCGCGUUGUCGUCAUCAACAAAGGAGGCCAGGAACUUCGGUCGUUUACAAUUGAGGAAGACAAUAUGUCUGCGUUUGAUCCGUUUGGGAUUACCAUAUCGACAACGGGGACGUUAUAUAUAACAGAUAUGAAAAACCACGAAGUAUUCAUUUGUGAUCUAUACGGCAAUGUACACCAACGUAUUGGUAAACACGUACUCAAGAAACCGAAUGGCAUUGCGCUUACUACUAAUAACGAAAUAUUAGUCGUAGAUUACGAAGAUUGCUGUGUGCAUAGGUUUGAAAUGAAUGGUGAAGUCUUAAGUACAGUAGGGGGCCCUGGCACUGGACGGUUUUCACAUCCAUGGUUUAUAGCCAUCAACAGUAAGGGAGAAUGGAUUGUUUCUGAUUGUGACAAUAAAUGUUUUCAUAUAAUACACCGUCACGAUGGCAGGUAUACCAAAAUUAAUGUCGGAUAUAAAGUAAGAGGAGUAACAGUUGAUUCUCGUGACAAUAUAUUUAUCAGUGUUGCUGAAAUUGGAUGGUGGACAGACAAAUUCGCAGUGCUAAUGUACUACCCAAAAGGAGAGUGUUAUGGUUAUAUAUCUCGCAGAGAUACACUUUUAAGACCACGUGGUAUGUGUACCACGGAAGACUCUUCCGGCAGAGAAAUCCUUAUAGUUACAGAUGAUAGUAAGGCAUUACAUAAAUAUGAUAUGUUAUAGACAGGAACUAUAAAAAUACACUAGUAUAGUACAGGUGAUAGCAGUGCAUUACAUGAUUAAAUGAUAUUAAAAAAAUCAGUAAAGUUUAAACUUAAGUGUUGUAGACGUCAAAGAGCUAUCAAAAGUAAAAAUUUUGAAUUUGUGGACGUGUCUAUUCCACUAUACCUGAUGUAAUAUUAAUUAUAAUCACUGUACAACCAUACCUGAAAAUUUUUAAAUUGAAAGAAUAUUACUAGAAAAUUAACGUUAUUGUAUUGGUUCUCUUUAUGGAAAUAGCUUGUUGAAACUUGUAAUUUGUAUAUUUUGUAGGCCUACGAUUGGUUGAGGACCCCCGAAUAAUGCUCUCAAAGAACGGGCUAUCAUCAUUAAAUACAAAAUAAUUGUAAACCUAUAAGUACAGUCUGUAAGUAUUGGAGAGCGCAAGAGAUUGGAAGAGCAUUAGGUCCUAUUUGAUCUUCGUGAAUGUCGAAUCAGUUUCCGAAAUUAGAUUUUGGUCAUCAUAAAUCACUGAAUUACACCAAAAAAACUAUUUUUUAAAUAUAUUUCAAUUAUUGAUAUCGAUAUUCUGACCUUAAGUUCCGAUGUUGAGCUCAGAAAAUUUUAGUCCUAUUCUAAACUAAUCAGUAAGUAUACCGGUACUGAUCAGGGAGGUUCUGAUCAUCAUUGCAUGUGAUUGCACAUGUACAACCACUGCGAGGUGUAUACUAAGAAGUUAAACUAAUUUGCAUACCAUGACAUACCACAAUGUGUUUGAAUAAAAAUUAUAGGAAAAUAAUUUGUUAAUAAAACACACGUUUUGAUGUACGUGGCAGGAUGCUUGAAUAACAUACACAAUUUAGGAAUAUCGUAUGAGUGACUACUCUGUGUGUAAUCUUUUCUCUUUCCUCUAUUUGUCAUAAAUUUACUGUGCCUGGGAUGGCCAGUCCAGCAGCUGAGGUAGGCUGGCGUAUGAUACCUAGCCUAGCUACUGCAGCCUAGACAGUGGCUGUCCUAUCCAGCCUAGGCCUAGAACUCACGAUACAAUAUUUUCAGCUAUUGUAUGGUAUUCCUCUUAUGAAUAUAUUUAGGCAUUUUGCGAUUCGCGAAAUUUUUAUGUCUCUGAAACGGCCGAAAUUAUCAAUUCGCGAAAGUUUCUUGCCGCGAAAGUUUCUGAUUUUACAGAAAUUAAAAAUAAAAAUAUAUGUUACUGUACAGAGUUACAUCAUGUUAUGUAAUUGAGUAUACGUAGUAUAUUUUUGUUCAGAUAGAGUUGACCAUUUAAAGCAGCUUGGUAGCUAUGUUACCAAAAACUGUAUGAUGUAAGAGGAUUUAACGGACAGUACAACUCCAAGUACGAAUAUGGCAUUUAAACACCAAGAUAAAGGUCUAUAAUCAAAGUGACUUAUUUUUGAAUCCAUCUACAACACUAAGUUUUCCCAUUAAUCCAUUUGGACACACUUCUUUGCAUUGUGGUUGUAUCCACCUGUUAUUUAAUGAGGCAUGAUGUUCGAUGUUUUUAUAUUUCUGGUUGUACAUUGUUAGAAUCUGUUAAAACAGGGCAGUGACGGGAACGCUUCUACCAUGACCUCAGUUUUGACUUACUCAAACCACUUUGUCAUUGACAUAUAAUAACUAACUAAAACCCAUUAAAGCCAGCCUCGGGGAGAAACGAUAUGUUGUACAAUUGAAUAUUCGAAGAAAUUGAAGGAGUCUUUGACGAAAUAGUCGAAAAUGGCUAAGAAGUGUUAUAAAGAACUAUUCAUAAUUAUUAAAAACUUUCAGUUGAAUAUUGUAAUAAAAGAAUGUAUUAUAAGUUCAUCUGCAAUAUUACAACAGAACCAUUGUCCGACUAUGACCCUUCUGAAUCCAAUAAGGUAAAGAUAUUUAGGCUCAAAUCCAUUUGGCUUUCUAAAAAAAUGUUAAAAUAUCUUUACCACUAAAGUGUUCUUUCCAUACCAAAGCAUGACCGUCUAUCAUUUGACUUAGUAUCAGUCACAGCAUGGAGUCAUAAUGGUGAAAGUAAAUAUAAUUAUAGAUAAGAUACGCGCAACGAAUGUAUAAAUCUCAUAGUUGGUGUCAUUUAUUAAUUUGUGUUAUGUUAUGGAAAGCUUAUAUCACAUUAUUAUGACGUUACCGAUUAUGUGGUAGAACUUUAUGGGGGUCAAGUGGCAGGGUGUAAGCGGGUUUUUGAGGAAAAGACCACAGAAGCAAUGACCUAUGUAUUCUGAUGUAUUAUUUAAACGAUAAUUUGUUCGAAAUUGUAGAAUUUUUAAUCAAAUAUGUCACUGAAUUAAUUAAUAUGUCCGUUUUCGCUACCGUAUUUAAUUUAAAAACUCGCUAAAUUAGUAAAGAUUAACGCAAACUGUUUAGACAAAUGCUAUUUAUGUUUUGUGAUUCAAUUUAUAAUAUCAUAUCGAAGACUUUAUACUGUGCGCUAACAUUUUACUACACAAACUAUACAAUCAUAUCUAAGCCUACAAUUGUUUAAUGUCGUUUCUUAUUAAGACAGUUUCAUUUAACAUCUUAGUUGUGAAUGAUGCGUUGGUCGGCUUCCGCAGGUAUGCCUAUGUAUUUUAGGCCAAAAUUUUAAUUCUUGAUUAUUGAUUUUUUGAAAAAUCCGUAUUUGUUCAUAAGGAAUCGAACAAUCCCUCUGAUCACCAUUAUUCUGCCUUCUGCUGAUACACGAGGCAAUGCUAGCCGCUUAUAUAAUACGUUCCUAUUAAGACAUCGUUCAAGUAUUGCAUAAUAGUACUAGUCCUACUCUUGGGUUCAUUCUUUUUCGACUACAGGCCUAUUGUGCAAAAAUAUGUAAAUAUUGAUAAUAAAAAUUCUAUUAAAUUUAAAGCUGUAUUGCCGUAUGAAACCAUAGAGGGCUCUAUCAUUGAUCUUUACCUUUUCUUUGAUUUACUUUAAAACGAAAUGUAUUUUGGAAAACUUUUCGAUUUUAAGGGUAUUUUUUAAUUAGUUUAUCUCAUUCUAAUUCACAAAUCAAAUAUUCUAAUAUAGAAAUAUCUUAAUUGUAUUGUGAAUGUCCUUUUUUAUUUAAAGUUUUUCAUUGUGGAAAACCUCCCGAACGUUCUGCUUUUGUAACAUGGUACUCCACCGUCAUUGGAUUACAUUGUAAUUUAAGGCAAUAAAUGGUAUGCUAUACAGUGAUAAAUA